AGACGCAAAACAGACUUCUGGGGCCCGGUGUCUAACUUUGGCAUUCCCGUCGCCGCCGUCAUGGACACGCAAAAGUCUCCCGACCUGAUCUCGGGCCAGAUGACCUUCGCCCUCUGCAUCUACUCGGCCACCUUCAUGCGCUACUCCAUGGCCGUCACGCCCGCCAAUUAUCUUCUCUUCGGCUGCCACUUCAUCAACGAGGCCGCCCAGCUCACGCAAGGAUACCGGUACCUGAACUGGCACAACUGGGGCGGGAAGGAGAAGGCGGCUGCAUACGGGGCGGUGGACCAAGCCAAGGACAAGAUCGUUGCAGCUGGGGAUAAGGUCAAGGAAGCUGUGUCGAAGUAG